UCGACCUGUGCACGCAGUCGUGUGGUUUCACUCCUCUAGAGACUGAUAUGCGCACGAGUGAUAUCACCAUGAGUGCUCUUACCCGUCACCAGAUCCUACCUGACAGUACAGACGAAGAGGUCACCGAACACACCAGAACCCUAAUAUGGCAAUUGCUUGGAGGCCUUUUGUUCCCUGACACGAGUGGGACAAGAAUACGAUUAUACUUUUUGGAGGUCUUGCAGGGUGACUUGGCUUUAGCCCGUCGAUGGAGUUGGGGAUCAGCGGUUCUCGGGUACCUCUACCAUAACUUGUGCAACGGCGCCAAGUGGGAAACCAAACAAGUUGGCGGUUGUAUGCACUUGUUACAGAUUUGGGCUUGGUCGGGGAUUUCGAUGGUCCGUCCCUCAGUAGUUCAGGUCAUUCAACAUGACCAUCUUCCAUAUGGGUGCAGGUGGAUCGUCCCCAAGUCAUAUAAGGGAUCCCCAAGACACUGCAUACGCCUGUACCGGGAUGACCUAGACCGAAUGAGUGAGAGUCAGGGUCAUGCUCAUAUUUUGCAAUAUGGCCGAAAUGCAUUACCCCGAUCGAUUUCUUCGGCAGUUCCAUAUAAGGCAAGAUACUCCGGAUGCUCCUUUGGCGGGUACUGAUCAUCACGGCAAUCGUUCCAACAUAGUAACCGGUGCCUUGGCGUUGUGGGCGGACAUACAACAUAAUAUAUACUUUCUUGAUUAUGAUCGACAUAUGUCCGUCGAAGCAACUAAGAGGUACCGAAAAUGGUACCAGAAGCAUGGUAUGACACGUGUCCAGAACCCUUCUCACAAUGUGCCCACGACAGGCUACAUCCCGACAUCACACGAUUGGGGUAUUGUGAGGCAGAGCUUUUACGAGCUGAAUCAGCUCUUAGCCGACCGCGCAAGUCAUGAGGACUGUCAAAAACGACUACAGCGGAUGGCCCUGGACGUAGGUGAUGAAGAGAUGCUCCGCCGGGGCAUAUUCCAUUAUGAAGAUGAAGAUGAAGAUGAAAGUGGAAGUGACGAAGAGGAUGAUGCAGAUGAACAUGAAGGUGGGGGUGAGCACUCACAAUCGCCCCCUCAAUUUUCAACACGUGAGGGUGUCUCAUUUGAUCAACCACCCCCUCAAUUCUCAACGCAUCAAGGUGUCUCAUUUGAUCAACCACCGCCGUAUUAUGAUUCUUAUCAGUACUCCACACAAGCGGUUGAUUAUGUUGAUUCAUUUCUGGAUUCGUCGUCGUUUUACUAUGGAGACACAAUGGGGCCUUGGAAC